AUGUAUUGGAGUGCCAACAACGAAAAUCCAGCACAGUUUGUUAACAAAGUUCGGGCUCAACAUGCUAAGGCCAUAUUAGGUUUUAAUGAACCUGAAAGAAGUGAACAGGCCAAUAUGAAUCCAAAUGAAGCUGCUCGUGUGUGGAAACAAUAUAUUGAACCGCUGGCUAAUGAAGGCAUUCGAUUGGGAUCACCUAGUGUUGCCAGUACUGAAGAAGGGCUCAACUGGCUGCAAGCCUUUCUCAGUCAAGGUUGUCGCGUUGAUUUUCUUGCUCUUCAUUGGUACGGUCGUGGAGCCGACAAUUUUAUUCGCUUCAUUACUAAUGCUCAUGAACGAUUUGGCCGUAAACCGGUAUGGGUAACUGAGUUCGCAUGUACCUCUUGGAAUGCUCAUCAACCAGUCUCACAAGAAGAAAUUAAUGAUUUUUUCACCCAAACUAUAGCACAGCUUGAUCAAAUCGACUGGAUCGAACGGUAUGCAUGGUUCGGUGCUUCACGUCGACUGGAUCCAGCACUGGGUACAGGAAACUGUUUGAUCAACAGCAGCGGUGGUUUGUCUCCACUUGGCAACAGAUAUGUGAAUGGUGAAACCAACGAAAGUAGCAAUUCAAACGCCAUCACCAAAGUUAUCGCCCUUCGCUCGAAUGCCAACGGCAAAUUUGUCUGUGCCGAAAACGCUGGAAAGAGUUCUUUAAUUGCUAAUCGCGAUGCUGCCUCUAGUUGGGAAACAUUUGAACUUAUCUCUCUCGAUGGAAACAAUGUUGCUCUAAAAUCACAUGCCAACGGAAAGUAUAUUUGUGCCGAAAAUGCAGGCAAUGGUCCUUUGAUCGCCAAUCGUUCUCAAAUCAGUUCAUGGGAAACGUUUCGAUUCAUUGAUCGUGGAAAUGGAAAAGUAGCUUUAGUUGCAGUCAAUGGAAAAUAUGUCUGUGCUGAUAAUUUCGGUAACAGUGCAUUAGUUGCUAAUCGAACCAAUGUGGAUAGUUGGGAGACCUUCGAUCUCGUUCAGCAAUAA